AUGUCUCUCAGUAUUAACGGCUAUCAAGUUGAACUUGUUGAUUGCAACCCUCCCGGCUCAAAACAGUCAGGUCCUUACAGUGGUUUCAGUCCUUCGACUACAUUACUGAACAAGGGACAUAAACGACCCGGACGAGACGAUGUAGCAGCUUUCCAGUCGGAUGCUAUCUGGGAGAAAGACUUCGCGGUUCCCAUGCGCGAUGGUGUGACGCUUCGCGCAGACAUAUUUAGACCAACAGGGGAGCAGAAGGUUCCUGCAAUCUUACUAUGGAGCCCUUACGGCAAGGACAACAAUGGUGUGCACGGUCUGCACUUGCAACCCGGUCGAUUCGGUGUGCCCUACGAUAGGACGAGUACCUACGAGAAGUUCGAAGGCCUUGAUCCGGCUGAAUGGGUUGCAAAGGGUUACGCUAUCGUAAAUUUUGAUUUGAGAGGCACCUGGGAUUCUGAAGGGACGGUUCCCUGGCUCGGUGAACAAGACGGCCAAGAUGGUUAUGAUGCCGUUGAGUACAUCGCGACACUCCCAUGGUGCUCCGGAAAGGUUGCUACGGCUGGCAACAGUUGGCUGGCCAUGGCGCAAUGGUUUAUUGCGGCACAGCAGCCACCACAUCUAGCUGCUAUUGCACCAUGGGAGGGAGCAUCUGACUUUUACCGUGACACUUUGGCCCGCGGGGGAAUAGGAUAUCCAUAUCAUCUCCUCUGGGGCAUGCUCCAAGACACCAUGGUUGGUCGUGGAAAGGCCGAAGCGGUGAUCCACAUGUUGGAGAAAUACCCUCUCUACAACCAGUACUGGGAUGACAAACGUGCGAAGCUGGACCAAAUUCAAACACCAGCAUACGUAUUAGCCAGUUACUCCACAUCACUACACACUUCUGGUUCAAUCGCAGGAUUCAAUCGAAUCAGUUCCAAGGAAAAGUGGCUUAGAAUUCACCCUACACAAGAGUGGUAUGACUUGUACUCCGAUUAUGCUACUGAAGACCUUCAAAAGUUCUUUGAUCAUUACCUCAAGGGUGCUGAGAAUGGUUGGGAGAAGACAUCCAGGGUUAGAUUCUCUGUUCUACCCUUUGACAACACCUAUCCUAUUCCCGAAGCCAAGCAGACCAGGUUCUAUCUAGCUGAGCAUGACGCGCUUUCUAUUUCUCCUAUGAGCUCGUCAAUGGCAAAGUCCUACCAAUCCGACAUAAUCCCACAAGGGUUGGAUAACGAUUCCGAAGAGUUGAUCUUUUCCAUCAAGUUCGAGAAGCCGACUUGGCUCGUCGGCUACUCGAAGGCUGUGUUGUACCUAUCUGCCGAAUCUGCCGACGAUCUCGAUGUAUUCGUCCAGUUACGCAAGCUAGACACAACCGGUGGUAGGACCAUGCAGCUCAACGUUCCCGCGAACGCGCUCAUUCCACCAGCCAAAGAUGCGUCAGAGGUAGCGGAUAGUUGCUUCCUCAAGUACUACGGACCGAACGGCAGCUUGCGAGCUAGUCAUGCCGUGACACAGAUCGACAGCACCGAGAAUGAUUCGUGGCCUACGUACAAAAACGACCGCCAAGAGAAAAUUACACCUGGCACUGUUGUUCGCUUGAACAUUCCAAUUUGGCCAGGCGGCAUGGCUUUUGGCGCUGGCGAGUCCCUUGCAAUCAAGGUCUCAGGACAUUACAUGUCUCCUAUGGAGGUCGCGCAGCUUAACGGGAAGACUCACAGCAUCACUCCCGUGUUUCUAUUCGCACACGGCUCGACCAUGAUGCUAGGCGAAGAAUCCGAGCCAGCCAAGGUUUGGGAACAAGUUGGGAACGAGGCUUUGAGAAGAGGGGUCAAGAGGAUUGUAAUGAUGGGCGCACAUUGGGAGUCUGUGGAUGACACAAUUGAAGUUAGCAUGAACGCGAAUCCGAAGAUGCUUCCAGUUGGCUCGGUCAAAGACUCACGGUAUAUACCCUAUAAAGUAUGUCCCGACCUUGAAGGAGGCCAAAAAGUGAUCCAGCUCCUCGCACGCGCCGGUUUCAACGUCAAGGCCGCUCCCACAUUCGAUUGGAUACACGACACGUUCUUGAUCAUCAUCCGCAUGUUUCCGCACUGCAUUCCACUUCCUACAACCAUCGUCUCCAUGAACGCGCGGUACGAACCACACUUCCAUCUCAAGAUCGGGGCUGCACUUCGCCCACUGCGUCACGAGGAUACCUUGAUCAUUGGGAGCGGGGGUCGUCAUACACCCGAAUACCAUGACGGCCCCUACGAUUCUAAAAACCGCGUUCUGUCGUCUUUCCUCCAGAUCAAGCUGCCUGUUCACGGGCCGCAUUAUGCCGAUAGAGUUGAGAUGCCUUCCGAUAAGUUUCUUGAAAUCGAUAGCGAUUCGUUCCCUUACAUCUUUAUGAAACACAAGGAUAUCCCGCUGAAGACUUAUGACACCAGCUUCCUGCGUUGCAACGUCUAUCUACCCAAGGACGCUGCGCCUUUUGGUUGUAAAAAAUAUCCCGUUAUCGCGACUUACGGCCCGUACGGAAAAGAUGUCCCAUACAAGAUAUUCAACCCCAAAUCCUGGAAUCAGCUCAAUCCCGCUAUGAAGUCCGAGCACGCGUCCUGGGAAACACCAGACCCAGGCUACUGGACCUCGCUGGGCUAUGUUAUCGUAAGAGUUGACGAGCGUGGAUCAGGCCAAAGUCCAGGAGAACUGGAUACCAUGUCUCGUGGUACCAGUGAGGCUUUCUUCGACGUAGUAGAGUGGUGUGCAGAUCAAGAGUGGUCAUCCGGAAAGGUUGGACUACUGGGAAUCAGUUACUACGCUGGUACUCAGUGGAGAGUGGCUGCGAGGAGGCCAAAAGGUCUAGCGGCCAUCAUUCCGUGGGAGGGUAUGAGUGAUUAUUAUCGCGAUCGUGUGAGACAUGGUGGUAUCCUCUCAGAUAAAUUCAUCAAAUUUUGGUGGGAGAAUGCUGUUGAAAAGAACCAAUACGGCAAGCCGGGUCGCGCGGCCAGAGGUUGGGGUUAUGAUACUCUGGACGGUGAUCUAGAAGAGGCAGCCUUGAUUGCAAAUCGAAGGAAUCAGAUGGAAGAUACAGCACAACACCAAUACCUGGACGAGGAAUACUUCUCAAGUCGCAAUUUCGAUGUAGAAGCCAUCGAGGUCCCACUUCUUAGCGUGGCGAAUUGGGGCGGAAUUCUACUUCAUCUCCGUGGUAAUGUCCUUGGUUGGAUGCGGGCCUCUUCCGAACACAAGUUCCUGCAUUUCAUCGUCGGCCGGCACGACUUACCAUUCUAUUACGACCAUUCCGCCAAGCUACAGAAGUCAUUCCUCGAUGCAUUUCUCAAAGACGACGACUAUGAUGGCUGGAAGAGUGGUCGCCAACCACGGGUCCGAUUGACAUUGAGACAAGGCGAUUGCGGCGUCGACGAUCCCGUGCGCGAACUCAGCUUUCCAACACGUGCAGAAAAUGACUGGCCUUUACCUGAUACGGAAUACACAAAGCUGUUCUUGACAGCAGAAAAUGAGCUAUCGAAGACGGCAAAAGGCGAGAAAAGAGUAUUUUCGUACGAUGCAUUGUCGGGAGAGCCACUGCAGUUCCACUACACGACUGACACAACGGUAGAGUUGACCGGUCACGUACUGGCACACCUGAGCGUUUCGACAGAUCGCAAGGAUGGGAACCUUCCCAAAGACAUGGACCUCUUUCUGACUCUGCGCAAACUAGCUAAAGACGGUUCGGAAGUCCUCUAUACAGGCACGAUGGGUGACCCUGUUCCCCUCGUUAAAGGCUGGCAGCGUGUAUCUUUACGAAAAACGGACCCUUCGAAUCUUCUCCAUCGCCCUUACUUACCGUAUCGAAGCUAUUGCACCUCAGAUGUUCAGGAAGUCAAAGUUGGCGUAAUAUAUGAGGUCGACGUCGAGAUUUGGCCGACGAACGUUGUGCUAGAGGAGGAGGAGACUUUGAUAUUCGAGAUCGCCGGACAUGACACUCAGGGUGUUGGUAGCUUCACGCAUGAUCAUUCUGAAGAUCGAAAGAAAGAGCACCUACAUGGCGUGAAUAAUGUUCACGUUGGUAACAACGACAGCUGGCUGCUGCUUCCUAUCAUUCCAGAGAGACAACGGGGAACUAUAUAG